AGUGACGUCGGCCAACGGGGGUCGUAGAUGUAGGCCGACUAUAAAAGCAGAAAGCGAGGAAGCGGAGGGCCUGUCAAUUGUGUUCAGCGGUGUUGUGCUUUAGUUAUACAGUGAUGGCGCGCUAUACGGCUGCGCUGCUCUUGCUUACGAUAUGUGCCUCAACCGGCUAUGCUCAACAACCCGAGGAAGUGACACCAAAGAAAGAAGAUAGCUUUGAGGCUGAGCUUUGCAAAGACAAGGAUGCAGGAGAAUGGUUCAGAUUGGUGGCCGGUGAAGGAGACAAUUGUCGUGAUGUCAUCCAAUGUACAUCUUCGGGUCUCCAAGCCAUUCGUUGCCCGGCUGGUCUUUACUUCGAUAUCGACAAGCAAACUUGCGAUUGGAAGGACUCCGUAAAGAACUGCAAGCUCAAGAACAAAGAACGUAAAGUAAAACCUCUGCUGUUUACCGACGAACCUCUUUGCCAAGACGGAUUUCUCGCCUGUGGUGAUGGUACCUGUAUAGAAAGGGGUCUGUUCUGUAACGGAGAGAAAGACUGUACCGACGGUUCUGACGAAAAUACUUGCGAUAUCGACAAUGACCCCAAUCGCGCCCCACCCUGUGACCCAGCAGUAUGUAAUUUGCCCGACUGUUUCUGCUCUGAAGAUGGUACGACCAUUCCUGGAGACCUUCCAGCUAAAGAUGUACCUCAGAUGGUUACCAUUACCUUUGACGACGCUAUCAACAACAACAACAUCGAAUUGUACAAAGAAAUCUUUAACGGCAAACGCAAGAACCCUAACGGUUGUGACAUUAAAGCUACCUACUUCGUAUCACACAAAUACACCAACUACUCCGCCGCGCAGGAAAUGCACCGCAAAGGUCACGAAAUUGCCGUCCAUUCAAUCACGCACAAUGACGAUGAACACUUCUGGUCCAACGCCACCGUCAACGACUGGGUGAAGGAAAUGGGAGGUAUGAGGAUCAUCGUAGAAAAAUUCGCCAACAUUACUGAUAACAGCGUAGUGGGUGUCCGCGCCCCUUACCUACGUGUUGGUGGCAACAACCAGUUCACCAUGAUGGAAGAGGAAGCAUUCUUGUAUGACUCAACGAUCACUGCCCCACUGAACAAUCCACCUCUAUGGCCUUACACCAUGUACUUCCGCAUGCCUCAUAGGUGUCACGGUAACUUGCAGAGUUGCCCAACUAGAUCACACGCUGUUUGGGAAAUGGUACUCAACGAAUUGGAUCGUAGGGAAGACCCUACCAACGACGAAUACCUUCCUGGAUGUGCUAUGGUUGACUCAUGUUCCAACAUCUUAACCGGUGACCAGUUCUACAAUUUCCUGAACCACAACUUUGAUCGUCACUACGAAGAAAACCGUGCUCCCCUUGGACUCUACUUCCACGCUGCUUGGUUGAAGAACAAUCCCGAGUUCCUUGAUGCUUUCCUUUACUGGAUCGAUGAAAUCCUUUCCAACCACAAUGACGUCUACUUUGUCACAAUGACCCAAGUAAUCCAAUGGAUCCAGAACCCGAGAACUAUCACAGAAGCCAAGAACUUCGAGCCCUGGAGGGAAAAAUGUGUUGUAGAAGGUAUCCCCGCCUGUUGGGUGCCCCACUCUUGCAAACUGACGUCCAAGGAGGUACCCGGAGAAACCAUCAAUUUACAAACUUGUGUGAGAUGUCCAAAUAAUUACCCAUGGGUAAAUGACCCCACCGGAGACGGUUUCUUCUAAGUCACCUAUUUUAGUUAAUUAAGGGACUAUGAACAGUGUCACCCUUGCCGUGUUGGCUUUUGAUCGGGUUUUUAGUGAUCCUACGUUACAUUUUGUAUUUAUUAUGUUCAGUGACUGUAUGCGUGAUCUAUUUUGUUGUUUUAUUUUGUAAUAAAAAUAUCUUGAUAAGAUUAGACUGUUAAUUUCUCGAUUAUCCUAUAAUAAAUAGCGCUUGCAAGCGAAUGCCAGAAUGUGACUUUCACAAUAUUAUGUAAUAUACACUCCUACUAGGUUAUGUAAAAAAAUCAAAUGUUUUGUAAAAAUUAUAAUAAAAUUGGUAAAAAAUUUAAA